ACACCCUCCGCCGUCAUGAAGAUAUUUGCCUUCGCCGCACUUGUAUCAGUCUGCUUGGCUGACAGACUGCCCAGUCACUUCGGCUAUUCCUCUCCACAACCUUCUUCAGCAUUCAGCCACAGAUCGCGACCUGCAUCUCGACCUUCCUUUUCCCCAAGACCUGCUCCCCAGCCAACGUACUCCGCACCGAGGUCUGCUCCUGGCCCAGUAGUGCCCAUCCUCGUGGACGACCGCGUCCACCCCGACGCCGGCGCUUACAGCUUCAACGUUGAGACCGGUGACGGCAUCUCACGCCAGGAAAGUGGAUCACCUAUUCCCGCUAAGGAGGGUCCCGUCACGGCCAUGUCUGGCUCCUACUCCUUCACUCUUCCUGACGGACAACUGUUUGAGCUUCGCUUCGUAGCUGACGAGAACGGCUUCCAGCCUCAGUCGCCCUUCCUUCCCGUGGCGCCAGCCUUCCCUCAUCCCAUCCCCGCCCACGCCCUUAGGCAAAUCGAGCGCGCCCGUCAAGGACCUUCUCAGGGAUUCAGCGCCCCUUCUCGUCCCUCUCGCCCUUCUAAUUCCUAUGGUUUUCCUCAGUAAAGCUUUUUAGUGGUAAAAAUGUUAUAUUAUUUAUAACGAAUUUAAUACUUUACAAUGUUAUUACAUUUAACGAAUUGUUUCUAAUAAAAUAGCUGAAAAAAG